GGUUUUGAUAAGUAUAUUGAGCCAUUUGCAACAGUGAAAGGUGUGGAGAUGUUUAGAGGGGUGAACUAUGCAUCUGGUGCUGCUGGAAUUCGUGAUGAGUCGGGAAUACAUUUGGGAGAUCGAAUCAGCUUGAAUAGGCAAUUGCGAAAUCACAAAGUGACAAUUUCCCACAUGUCUACUUUGCUUGAAAAUAAUAUGACUUUAAUCCAAGAGUAUCUAAGCAAAUGUAUAUACAUUGUUGGAAUGGGGAACAAUGAUUACAUCAACAACUAUUUGCUGCCUCAGUUCUACCCAUCAAGCCUUUUGUACAAACCAGAAAAAUAUGCCACAAUCCUAGCUCAGCAAUAUGAAAAACAAUUAAAGACUUUGUACCGUUACGGAGCAAGAAAAGUUGCGGUGUUCGGGCUAGGUAGCAUAGGCUGUAUUCCAGCAGAGUUGGAUUUGUAUGGGACAAAGGACUCAGUAUGUGUCGACUCUAUAAAUAGUGCAGUUCUAAAGUUUGUGGACAAGCUUAAGCCAAUGAUAGACGAUUUCAACAGUAAUUUGCCCAACGCAAAUUUCAUCUACAUAAAUGUAACAAGCAUUGCAAUUGGAGAUCCUUCAUCUAUCGGUAUAACAAAUUUAGCUGAGCCAUGCUGUGAAAUUUCGAGCUUCAUAGCUAAGGGGCAGUGUAGUUAUGGAGGAAGUGCAUGCAGUGAUAGAGCAUCACACUAUUUUUGGGAUGGUUUUCACCCAACAGAAGCUCCCAAUAAGGCCACUGCUGAAAGAGCUUACACUGCUCUUCUACCCACUGAUGCCUAUCCCUUUGAUAUUAGCCACUUGGCUCUGCUCUAAAUAAGUUAACAUAGUCGCGUGUGGUGUAACUUCGUCAAGCUUUAAUUUGAAUAAACUUGAUUUGCAUUUCUGUAGACGUACGUCACAAAUAGUUGGAUUGUCCAAAUCAUUCAGUAAUGACCUUCAA